AUGCAGAGGGCAUCCCGAUCAACCAGUGCACUAAAUACGCUCGCAUACAAACCGCUGUCUAUAGUACCUCGGAAAGGCAAAUCGCUACGUGCUACAUUACAAUGGUGGGGGACGGUGGUGUUCAUCAUCGCCAUCAUGCCGGUGGUGUAUGUCGCCGUCAACUUGUACAUAUCACACCCCCGAUUUAGAAGCAAGUUAGGCUACACCGAACCUACGCCUGGUAAUUCAUAUCAAAUCAGUAUUUCUAAUAACUCCUCUAUCAAUGAUGAUAACAUAGUCAAACUGGCUGCGAUUAAAGCGUCAUCAACGAAGUUUGGCCCCAGGAAUAGUACACAUACGGUUCAACAGGUACUGAGGCAAGAUGUUAGAGGCAAACUUGCAGAAUUUACGAGCAAGACACAAAUCGCACCCGUAAACGCUCUGGAUGACCAUCAUCCAAACCGUACAUUACACACCAAGCAAGAGCAGCAUAGUGCACAAUAUACAUCACACACAGGAGUACCUGAUCUGUUGCCUUAUCCUCAAGGUAGGGAGGAUAAAGAUGCCUCAGAACGUAGUGUGUAUUAUAUCAAGCCUUUCAAUUCCGGCAAAGUAAACCAUAGAACAAAGCAGGUAACAGAGCUUGACACGUAUAAAAUAACCGUGGUGAUAUCAACAUUCAAACAGCCCGCGUGUCUUACCAAACAAUUGCGCAUUUGGUCCAAGUGUGACAUAGUGCAUUCCAUUCGUGUAAACUGGUUCGAAGGGAAUGAGGAUAUACCCUUCAACUGGCCGAAACUAGAUUCGAACGGUCCAAAAGUAAUACUAGACGAGCUACCCGACAAACUAUCGUACCGAUUUUGGCCCAGGCGGUUUGUGACAGAAGGUGUAUUCACUGUAGAUGUGGACACUUUCUAUAGUUGUACAGCACUAAAGGCGGCUUUCGCGUUGUGGAAGCUGCACCCAAAGUCAGCUGUCGGAUUUCACGCUCGACAACUAGAUCGACACCGUAAAGAACUGUGGUACGAGUCAUACUCGCAACCUUACCCACGGAACUCGUUAUUGAUUACUAAGGGAGGCAUACAGCACCGUGACGCUUACACACGAUUCUUCAUGGACUACUAUAGGACACAGAGGCUACAGGUAGACAAAUAUGUCACAGGAGAGGACUAUCUCAUGGCGUUUGUACAAGCUAUACACUUUGAUCCGAUUGUGAAGUUUGUGUGCGCGGGUGUGGCGCAUAGCUGCCACGCGGAAUGCAUGGAGGGCAAAGUGGGCAGUCUGGGCUCACGUACGAGUAGAUCGAGAAAGACAAUGCUUCGUAAGCUGUUUACAGAGUUUGGAGAUCCGUUCGUGACUCUAACUGGACCCGAGAAUAUGCUGAGACUUGAGGCCGAGCCCACGCCGCAAAGACCAAUGUGGGGAAUCAGGUGCUUUCUGGACUAUCUAAAUGAAAAAGAGGCGCCACAAGCGGACGACUGCCAGUCGAAGCCUAUGAGUGACAACAGCUAUAACUGCAUGCACUACUUUGACCCCGAUCAUGUGGAUGCAGAAGCUUGGUAUAAUGCUAUCAGUGGACCGGAUAUAUUUAUUCUGGCUGUGUAUAUCGGUUUGUACAUGAGCUAUCUCUCGAGUUGA